CGUGAAAUAACUGAAAUAAUCGACCAGAAGACCAUUAAGCCAGUGGAACAAAAUAAAGAUAAUAAUGUCACAACAACACAGACAACUCCUGUGGUUAAAACCACCACCAUCACCACCACCAAAAGUACAACAUUAGAGAGUACCACCAAAGCAGCAGCUUCUGUGAUCCCAAACAAACCUGGGACCACCACAACGUAUCUCACAACAGGAGCAGAAUCCAUCACCGCAGCCCCAGUGACCACUUCCACAGCUGAGACUAAAACUGCAGCUACCUCUAUGUUAGCAGAGACAUCCACUUCUGCUCAUCCAGCCUCCACUCUAGCUGAGCCCACAGCACUAAUGAGCACUUCCACAUCACAGCCAACCACAAUCACUCUGCCUGCUAGUUCAACGUCUGUUAUGACCAUUGCAGCCACCUCUGCAACACCAGAAACAUCCACAUCUCUUCUAGAGACCACUUUUCCAGGUGAGACUACAGCAUUACUUGGUAACAGGACAGUAGAGGGGACGACCAUUGUUGCUCUUCCUACCACUUCACUUCCUGAGAGCACAGCUGCAGCCACUUCUACUAAUCCAGAGACAUCCACAGCUCCAGAAGAGACCACUUCCCUGGCUGAGACUACACCAAUAAUUAGUGCUACAACAAUAGAGGGGAGAACUACACUUCCCCUUUCUACAGCUUCACAACCUGAAACCACACCUGUAGCCACCACGACUGUAGGAGAAACAGCCACCUCUCCCCUUGAGAUGACUUCUGUCCCUGAAACUACAGCAAUAACUAAAAGCACUACAGUAGAAAAGACAACCGCAGUUCUUCUACCUACUACUACACUUCUUAGGACCACAGCAGCAGACACCUCUACUAUACUAGAGACAUCCACCUCUCCUGUAGAGACCAUGUCUCCAGGUGAAAUGACAGCAAUAACUAGUACCACUACAAUUCAAGAGACAACCACACUUCCCCUUUCUAAAACUUCACAACCCGAAAGCACAGAUGUAUUCGCAAGAACCAUAGGAGAAACAUCCACCUCUCCUCUAGAGCCUACUUCCCUAUCUGAAACUACAGCAAUGACUAGUAGCUCUACUGUAGAACAGACAACCGCACUUCCUCUUCCUACCAGUACACUUCUUAGGACCACAGCAGCAGCCACCUCUACUAUUUCAGCGAUUUCAACCGGUGCUCUGGAGACCUCUUCCCUAAAUGAGACUACAGCAGUAACUGGUACCACUGCAGUAGCUGAGAUAACCACAAUUACUCUUCCUACUACUUCACCCCAUGAAAGUACAGCUAUAGCCACCUCUACUAUACCAGAGACCUCCACCUCUCCCGUAGGGACCACUUCUGUAGCUAAGACUACAGCAAUAUCUAGUACCAGCACAGCAGAAAAGACAACCAUGCUUCUCUUUCCUACUGCUUCACUACCUGGCACUAUGGUAUCAGCCACUUCUGUUAUUCAAAAGACUACCACAGCUCUUCCAGAGACCAUGUCGCUAGCUGAGACUGCAGCAACAACUACUACUACAAUCAAGGAGAGAACCACAAUUGUCCUCCCAACCAGUUCACUCUAUGAGACCAAAUCUCCUCUACAAACCACAUCCACAGCUGAGACUACAGACCACAGAGGCAGCCACCUCUCCUAUUUCAGAGACCUCAACUGGUGCUCUGGAAGCCUCUUCCCCAAAUGA